GCGCGGUCACGGCGAGCACCGUUCCCAGCGCGCUCCGGGAUCGCGCCGCGGACGCACACACGGACGCCCACCCGGCUGACCCGGCUGACCCGGCCGUGCCAAGUAAGCAGGGGGCGGCCGGGGAGGGGCUCUCCCAACUCCGCAGGGAGUUAGGGGGAGAAGUUCCGCAGAACUUGGAAGUUGAGAAAAGAGCCUGGGCUGUGCUCUCGGCGCUCAGGUUUUCUGGCAGCGAGCAGAGUUUAAGGUGCAAAGGCUGCCGCUUCUCGUCAGCAGGUUCCUUGGUUCCCUUCUGUAGGACGGUCACCUCCUACAGCGUCUAUGUCAGAUGGCAGCGCUCAAUGACACUUUAUGCUUUUGUUGUUUGAAUGCAAGCCUGCCACCCAAGGCGCUGCUUUCACCAGCCAGCCAUCCUGUUUAGUGGCCGAGGUGUUGGGGUGCGGGUGUGAGCGGAGAUGGAAUGUGUGUAUUUCUCACCAGGUAGCGGGGAACAGACUCCACGUAGGGGGGAGGGAGUCGCUCAAAGGGGAAGUUGUAGCCAAAUUGUCGAAUGUCAUUUAGGAGAGUCUUCGGACUUCUGAUUUGCAUCAAGAAGGUGGAAAUCUGAGUGAAAUGAAGGAACUCUCAGAGCCGACGCGGUUUACUAAGAGUGGAUGGAGCAUUUUCUCUGCAAAUCUGUUAGGUCUCAACGUGGCCAGGUCAUUUCCGUGCCAGAAUGACGAGGCUUGGGCUGAGAUGUUUUAAAUGGGAUUUCUGUGGUCAGGAGGGCAGAGCUGGGACAACCUCAAACAGAGAUUCCCUCGUCCCCAAAUAAUAGCCUAGUCAGGGGGCUGGACAGCAUCAAGGCAACUUUACUAAACAUGGAAGUUCCAAUAAGUGCGUGUCCAGUCCAGGCGGGGAGAGUGACGUCAUUGCCACGUGUUUCCCACCAAGGCACAAAAGCCUGCUGGACGCCGGGUGCAAUUAAGAGCCCUGUUUAGACAAGAGCCGUUAACCUGGCCCGCUGGUGUCCAGCUCCAUUAACUUGUUGCUUUUCAAACCUUAGCUGGAGGCUGUUGGCUCCUUCUGGCUGCUUCUGUGCCUGCUCUGAGCGGGGAUCCCAAGGCUUCUCUGAGGAUGGAGGAAGCCCGGGGCCAGUGGGGACUGAUAAGGGACCCAACGAUGACUCUGAAUAAUGUCACCCUGCGCCAGGGCACUGUGGGCAGCCAGCCGCAGCAGCAGCGCUGGAGCAUCCCGGCCGAUGGCAGGCAUUUGAUGGUCCAGAAGGAGCCCCACCACCACAACCGUCACUCUGCUAACCCCGAGGACCACUGCCGCCGUAGCUGGUCCUCUGACUCCACAGACUCAGUCAUCUCCUCCGAGUCAGGGAACACCUACUACCGGGUGGUGCUCAUGGGGGAGCAGGGGGUGGGCAAGUCCACUCUGGCCAACAUCUUUGCAGGUGUGCACGACAGUAUGGACAGCGACUGCGACGUGCUGGGAGAAGAUACAUAUGAGCGAACCCUGAUUGUUGAUGGAGAAAGCGCAACAGUUAUACUCCUGGACAUGUGGGAAAAUAAGGGAGAGAAUGAAUGGCUCCAAGACCACUGCAUGCAAGUCGGGGAUGCCUACCUGAUCGUCUACUCCAUCACAGACCGCGCCAGCUUUGAGAAGGCAUCAGAGCUGCGGAUCCAGCUCCGCAGGGCCCGGCAGGCAGAGGACAUUCCUAUCAUCCUGGUUGGCAACAAAAGUGACCUGGUGCGGUGCAGGGAAGUGUCGGUAUCAGAAGGGAGAGCAUGUGCUGUGGUGUUCGACUGCAAGUUCAUCGAGACCUCUGCAGCUGUCCAGCACAACGUGAAGGAGCUGUUUGAGGGCAUCGUGCGGCAGGUCCGCCUUCGGCGUGAUAGCAAGGAGAAGAAUGAGCGAAGGCUGGCCUACCAGAAAAGGAGGGAGAGCAUACCCAGGAAAGCCAGGCGCUUCUGGGGCAAGAUUGUGGCCAAAAACAACAAGAAUAUGGCCUUCAAGCUCAAGUCCAAGUCUUGCCAUGACCUCUCUGUGCUCUAGGUGCCCAGAGUCACAUCACCCAGAUGUUCUCCUGGAUGGACAUCUCUGAAGGCCGUUAGGACUGAUAAUCUAUAUUAGAUUGGAUACUUAGGUAUUGUUAGAUGUGGCUUCCCCCACUGCAGUUGGGAAUUAACGUGUUAGCCUCAUGGACAACAUAAUGCAUGGGAAAUGAAAGAUCUUUGUGAAGAGUCAGUAUUUAUUCACAGGAAAAUCCUUGUCUUUGCUACUUGAACAUCCAAGACUCCCCCGAGGACAUGUUUGGUGUUCACAUGUGUUUCCUCUCUCCUUUGGACAGUAGAGAAUUGAAGCCUACAAAAGAAUGCCUAGAACAAGAACUUUCCAUUAUUAAAGUUUGCCCCGUGUUCUCAUAUGUGUAUUUGAGGCUAGCGGGUCAUAGGAAAGCCAACAAGGGUUUAUUCAAAGGAGGGAGAGCUUUCUGUGUACCUUGUAUUCUCCAUGGAGCUAGAAUUGUAGAACUGGGCUCAUCGUGAUCGUGAUUAUUAUUGCUCCAUAAAGCUGUGAAGAGAAAUGAUGGACCUUGCUGGAAACUAAAGCUUAGCACACAGUUCUUGUUCAGUGCCCACGCUUGGGAAUCCAGACGUUUGUAGAAUUGGGAACUGACUGUAUUUACAAUUUAUGGGUUCAAAAAUUAUAUCUUUACUUAUGUGUCUUUUUUUUUUACUUAGGGGAAAAUUAUUUUAAUCAAAUUCUACUUAGUGAAACCACCUUUUAUGUUUCUUUAUUUUUGAAAUCACAAAGCCAUCAGAAAUAUUUUAAAAAUCUGAAUUAUUGAUAACCUGAAGUGCAAAAUGCCAAAUUUUUAAAUAUAAUCAGUGGUCUGAAUUUUUAUGAAACAUAUAAAUACUUCUGUACUUUGGGUUGACCCUUGUAUGCCACAGCUCUGCUCUAUUAUUAUUCUGCAAAAUAGUAACCAUUUUAAUAUUUGAUAAAGUAUAUUUAUGAACAUAUUUCUUAAUAAGGAAGAUGUCCAUUUUAUUACCAUUUUCUAUAUUUUUCAGAAUAUACAAGUUUUUACCUAUAUGUCUUAUAAUAAAAGAAAUAAAAUCUUUGGAAAAAAA